AUGUCUAUUGACCUCAAUUGGGAGACGCUGACCACCGGCCCGGACGGCGAGGCGCUGGCCCACAGCAUCCGCGACUUCAUCCACACAAAGUUCCAGUCCGUGCCCCUGCCGCGCUUCAUCAAGUCGGUCACCGUCCACGACUUCCAGUUCGGCUCCAUCCCGCCCGAGCUCGAGCUCAAGGACCUCACGGACCCGCUGCCCGAUUUCUACGAGGAGAAUGAGGCCGUCGACGACGACGAGGACGACGACGACUACGACGAGGGCGGCAGCGGCUUCGAGGACGAGGACGCCGUCGUGCCCGACGAGGUGAGGGCGGCGGCCGACCGGCGGAGGAGGGCCGAGGCCGCGGCCGCGGGGCUCGCCCACGACGCGCGCCACCUGCCGCCGCACAUCCGGACGGGCGACCUGCGGGCGGGCGGGACGCCGGCGGCGGCGCACGACCUCGGCAGCCCGUACCUGGGCGUGUCGACGCCGGGGAUCCCCGGCGGCACGUCGAACCUGAGCUACUUCCACUCGCACCUCACGUCCGGCCUGUCGGGGACGCAGACGCCGCUGGCCGCCGUGGCGGGCGCGCACCUGGGCAGCGGCUGGCUCGAGUCCGCCGGCGGCGGCGGCGGCCAUGGGCAUGGCCACGGCCCGCAGGAGCAGCAGCAGCGGCGACACCACCCGCCGAGCCACAGCCGCAACCCGUCCACGAGCUCCAUCUCCGUCGGCGACUUCAGCCCCCGGGGCCUGGCGCCGACGAUACCGCCCAACGCGGUGCCGACCGGCGCGUUCCCCUCGCUCAGGGAGAAGCACAGCGUGUCGACCCUGGCGCCUACGUCGGCAAACACGUCGAGGCCGCCGACGCGGGACCUGGAGUCGGCCAUCGAGGACGAGGAGGGCGAGGACGGUGCGGCGGCGGAGGGCCUGGAAGGUCAGGAGCGGAAGAGGUUCCGCGAGCGGAGGGUCGAGGACAUGCAGGCCGUCUUUAGAAUACGGUACGCCGGGGACGUCAAGCUUUUGCUGACGGCGGAAAUACUACUCGACUACCCCAUGCCGAGCUUCGUGGGGAUACCGCUACGCCUGAGCAUCACUGGGCUCACGUUCGAUGGCGUCGGGGUCCUGGCGUACAUACGGAAGAGGGUACAUUUCUGCUUUUUAAGCCCGGAAGAUGCGGUAGCUGCCGUCGGGGCGGAUAGUCUCGGGGAGGGGGAUGCUGAUGGGCAUAGCUCUGGAGGCCAUGGGAAGAUGGGCGGGCUACUACAGGAGAUACAGGUGGAAAGCGAGAUUGGGCAGCGCGAGGGAGGGAAGCAGAGCCUCAAGAACGUGGGCAAGGUGGAAAGAUUCGUGCUGGAGCAGGUGAGGAGGAUAUUCGAGGAGGAAUUCGUCUAUCCCAGUUUCUGGACGUUCCUGGUAUAG